GCUGUUAGUAAAGCGUAUUUAGCAGUCAAAGUAAAUAACAGGUACAGAAAUUGUAGUAUGACUUCAGUAAGAAAGAGAAAAAUGAAUCGUUCUUCCGUAAGGAAGAACACCAGAAGAACCAAGGAUAAACAAAGAGAUAUUAAUAUUCAUUCUAAUCCAAUUAUUGCUGCUAAUUGGGAUAAAUCAUUAACUUUACAACAAAAUUAUAAACGAUUAGGAUUAAGAGCUAAAUUAGGUACUCCAGCUGGUGGUCAAGAAAGAAAAAUAGAAACUUUAGCAGAAUAUAGAGCUAGAAAAGAUAAUAAAGUUAGUGUUGAAGAUAUUUCACAAACUGAUGAUCCAACUAAAAUUCCAGAAGGUGAAGCUAGAUUAAUUAGAGAUCCUGAAACUAAUGAAGUUACUAAAGUUAUAUAUGGUACUAUGAAAGUAAAUAAUGAAGGUCAAUCUGAGAGUUCAAGUACAUCUAUUGUACAGCAAUUAGAAGAAUAUGCCAGUAAAAGAGCUCCAAAGAGAGAAAGAUUAGCAUCAGAAAGAGAAAAUGAUUGGUUAAAGGCAUUAUUUGAAAAGCAUGGUGAUGAUUAUGAUAAAAUGAAAUGGGAUAAAAAACUUAACAUUUAUCAACAAAGUGUAGGAGAUCUCAGAAGAAGAAUUACCAAAUGGAAAAAGUCCAAUAACAUUAGUUAGAUCAUAAAUAGAUAUAUAAAAAUUCCGUGUA